CUCGACUGCCCGCGGUCAACAGGGUCCACAGUGUACUUCAUUCAUUCUAUCUCCGUCUGCGCUUUGCUAACACGAGGACGGGGAUGAGGAGUUGCAAGACCAUAUGACGCUGAUCAUCUACGGAUGGCACUGGAGGACCUCCUCUGAUGACUGGUCCGCUCUACGACAGCGAGGCCAAGCCCACCGACUUGAGGUGUGAGACUUGCCGGUGGGUCGUCUAUAUAAACCCUGACACUUGCUGUCCAAGGUUUUGCCACAAAAUUGUAGAUCCUUGCUUUGAGGUGCAAGCCUUGCAGUUUGGAUUAUACCAUUAAUUGCACAAGAGCACAUAUCAGUUAACAUGUCACACGCCUGGGGAUAUGGACCAAGUAACGGGCCUGGUACAUGGGCAGAGGGCUUUCCCGUAGCCAAUGGCCCAAGGCAGUCUCCAAUUAACAUAAUCCCAACACAGGCUCAGUUUGACCCUUCUCUCAAGCCUCUCAAGCUGAAAUAUGAUCCCUCAAACUCCAAGGGCAUCCUCAACAACGGGCACUCCUUCCAGGUGGACUUUGUGGAUGAUGGCGACACUUCUACCCUGACUGGAGGCCCCAUUGCUGGCACCUACAGACUGAGGCAGUUUCACUUCCACUGGGGGGCCAGUGAUGAGCGGGGAUCUGAGCACACCGUCAAUGGGAUCAAUUUCCCCUGCGAGCUCCACCUGGUUCACUGGAACACCAAGUACCCCAGCUUUGGAGAAGCUGCCAGCCAACCGGACGGACUGGCUGUGGUGGGCGUGUUUCUAAAGAUUGGAGCUGCAAACCCUAGACUGCAGAAGGUCCUAGAUAGUCUGGAGGCUAUCAAAUCAAAGGGAAAGCAGACCACAUUUGCAAACUUUGACCCCAAAACCAUCCUGCCUGGCUCCCUGGACUACUGGACGUAUGAUGGCUCCCUGACCACACCCCCUCUGCUGGAGAGCGUCACUUGGAUUGUCCUCAAGGAGCCAAUCAGUGUCAGCCCUGCCCAGAUGGGGAAGUUCCGCAGCCUGCUGUUCUCAGGUGAAGGGGAGGCAGCCUGCUGCAUGGUGGACAACUACCGCCCCCCGCAGCUGCUCAAGGGGCGCGUAGUCCGUGCCUCCUUCAAGUAAACGACAGGUGAUGAGCGCACCCCUACCCCUUAACCUUUACCCCUGACCUCCUGACCCCUGGCCAUAGACCCCAUAACUCAGAAAGCUUCCAGAUUAGACAUAUAAUACAUUUUAUGUAUCAAACUGCCAUCAUGCUGAAAAUCUUUCUACCAAUUUGAGCAAACCAUCCAUUGCCUCAAUACAGCAGAAAAAAGCAAUGCAAAAGAUGCAAAUCAGAGCCAGCCCAGAUUAAACGUGUUGGGCGGUAUCCAGCCUCUCUCUCAAAUAAUCCCAGAUGAUGAUGGGUUCGGAUCACCCCAGAUUAACGUCAUUUAGCUGCCUCUGUCAGAGCAGAUGACAGAAUGAUUCACCCAGGCCUUGUUGGUGAAACAGCCAGCACAUGGUGAUUCUGCCAUGUCCUUCACUCUUCUCAGAAAGCAAAAAAACUUUCUACACAAUGCCUUGACUAUCCUAAAUGCAUUCCAGUGAAUUCCAUACUCCAUAUCUUAUUUUGUUGCUAUGAAUUGCAGCUUCAUUGUAUUUUGUUUGUUUGUCUAAUGUGAGUGACCACAAACUACCACCCCAGUGCAUUAUUAUGUUGUUGCGUAGUCAAACAUUUGAGGAAGAUUAGUAAGUGUGGCAACCAGUGCAUUACCCAACUCAUCAGAAUAAAAUUGCUGAAAUGCAUUGAAAGAGACCAGUGGAAUGUUAUCUUUAGCUUUUAGAAAUAUAACCUUUAAGAACAUUGAUGUCUUGCAUUAUGUUGUAACUUUUUAAAAGACCAUGGAUGAUUUUAAGACAGAGAAUUAUGAAUUGUUGUCAAAUUGUCGAUUUCUGUGCAAAUCUGUUAAAAAGUUGAAAAGAAAUUUGACCAAUAAAAAAGUAUUUGAUGAUG